AUGGAACAAACUGAAGAGGCUAGUCUGGAGGAGCGCUUGAAAUCCGCCCUGUGGUUGUCCAUUGGCAAGAUCGUAGAUGAAGAGACCAUCAGACUAGGCGUCAAUGCUACUCCGCAAUUCAUCGGUGCCUUGACGGAGAUGGUUUGGGCUCAGAUAGAGACGGUCAGCCAGGAUCUGGAAUCUUUUGCAAAGCAUGCUGGAAGAUCGACCGUUAACUUGUCCGACGUGAUGCUGCUCGCUCGCCGCAACGAGGGAUUGGAUUCGAUUCUUCGCGCUUUUGUCGAACAAGAGAAAGAGCGCCAGGAAGACUCCUGA